CUCCGGGCUGCUCAGCGAAAUGGCUGCGUUCCUGCGAGCUCGUAAAUAUGUUCGUUGCGUUGUCCGUUUCUCCGACCGUGAACUGUAAACGGUACUGUUGCGCACCUGUGUAGACAAAAAGGACACCUACUGGUCAAGGUGUCAUGGCUGAAGAAAAUGCAAAUAUUGGAGGUACAUCAGAGGAUGAAGAUGAGAGUACAGAUGACCCAAACCUUCAGUUGGAGCUCAGUGCAUUCAGAGCUCAGUGGAUGUCUGAGCUCAAACCAAGCUCUGGAGCAAGUGGAAUGAGCCACCGGCUCCUGCGGGCUAAAAGUGUGAGGAAGACUCAAGAAAUUGCACGGGAGGAAAAAGCCACAGAGCUGUUCCUGAGGGCUGUUCAAGAGGAGCAGAAUGGAGCGGUCUAUGAGGCUAUAAAGUUUUAUCGCUUGGCUAUGCAGCUUGUGCCUGACAUUGAAUUUAAAAUCAACUACAGCCGUCCUCCUGAUGCAGACAGAGUUGGAGGGAACUACAUGGAUGAUAAUAUUGCUGAUGGUGAGAUUGAGGAUCUACUUGCCUACUUUGAGCAGCAGCUCACUCUGGAGAGCUCCUUUCCAAAGAUCUGCACUCCUGAAUUUGAAAUGACUCAGAUGCAUAUUUCAGCCUUGCCACGGGAAAUCCUGAUGUACAUAUUUCGCUGGGUUGUGUCAAGUGAUCUGGACAUGCGAGCCCUGGAGCAGCUCUCUCUGGUGUGCCGCGGGUUUUACAUUUGUGCAAGGGAUCCUGAGAUUUGGCGUUCAGCUUGUUUAAGAGUGUGGGGACGGAACUGCACCAAACUUUUGCCCUUCAAAUCAUGGAGGGAGAUGUUUCUGCAGAGGCCGCGUGUUCGCUUUGAUGGUGUUUAUAUCAGCAAGACAUCAUACAUCCGUCAAGGAGAGGAAUCACUGGAUGGAUUCUACAGGGCUUGGCAUCAUGUUGAGUACUACAGGUACCUCCGGUUCUUCCCUGAUGGCCAUGUCCUCAUGCUUACCACCCCUGAGGACCCUUUGUCUGUUAUUCCCCGCUUGCGCACUAGAAACACCAGAAUGGAGUCUGCUCUGCUUGGUCAUUUCCGUCUGUCACAUGAGACAGACAAUCAAACCAAAGUUUUUGCUGUUGUCUGCAAGAAAAAGGAAGAGAAAGCAACCGAUUUUCAAAAGAAUCGGUUCUGCAGGCGGAACCCAGCUUCGGAGGCUGAGCACAGCUUCCAUGUUGGACUGCAUCUGUCCUCCAGGGGGCGUCAGAGUUUCAGUAAGCUCGUGUGGAUCCACCACUCCUGCCACAUAACUUACAAGCUGACUGGGGAAACUGUCAUCACAACAUUUGACUUGGACAAGAUGUAUUCACCUUUCUUCUUUGCACGUGUGAAGAGUUACACUGCUUUCUCUGAGCAGCCUCUGUAAACAGAGUCCUCAUAUGAUCCCAUGAAGAUCACAGAAGAAGCUUAUUCACCAUGUCAAUAAAUGCACACCCCUCAGCCUGUUAAAUUUGUGCUUCAGCAGGAUUAUAGUGCGGCUCUUUAAACCCUCAUGUUUCCUACACGCGAGCAUGUUACGUUUCAGGUUCGUCUAAUAAAAUACUACUUAUUUUCUGAUAAUCAGAAAUUAUGGUGAUUUGCUGAGAGCUAAACUAAUUAGCAACCUUUCCCACCUGUUUCAAGCUAUGAAUGUUCGAACUGUUUUUGUUUCAUGUUGCACUUCCUCAAAUAAACAGUGAACAAAACAUCA